AUGGCAAAAUCCGAUCAACCUUCCGAUUCCGGCAUUGACACCACAUUAACUCGCCAGAAUGGGAUUCCGGCGAAGAAAACACGUCCACCGGUGUACCGUGGAGUUCGAAUGCGCAGUUGGGGCAAAUGGGUAUCGGAGAUUCGGCAACCACGUAAGAAAUCGCGUAUCUGGCUCGGCACUUUCUCCUCGCCGGAGAUGGCAGCCAGAGCUCACGACGUCGCCGCCUUAUCCAUCAAAGGAAACUCCGCCAUUCUCAACUUUCCUCAACUCAAAGACUUGUUGCCACGUCCGGCGUCAAUCUCGCCGCGUGACGUCCAAGCCGCCGCCGCCAUGGCUGCCGCCAUGAAAGAGUUCAGUUCAUCUGCUUCAUAUCCGGAUUUCUCUGUGCCACCGUCGUUGGCUUCCGAUGAUCAUGUUUCCGGCAACUCGGCUGAUGAACUCGGUGAGAUUAUCGAGUUGCCGAGUUUAGAGGGGUGGUUGGAGUCGCCGGAGUCGUCGACUGAAUUGGUUUUGUUUGACUCGGUGGAUGGGUGGAUGUACCGGCCGUGCACGGCGGCUGACAUCGAUUUUUUUCCGGCUGAUUUUUCCGGUCCGGUGGGGGAAGAUUCGAGCUUCCAGACGAUCAUUUGA